UUAUUCAGGUUAAACCAGAUGUGUUAGCUCGCUGACGACGUUUAAACCGCGCGCAGCUGCCAACAGCAGUUACAUUACUGAGAUGUUUCACAUGUUGACGGAUGUAACCUGAUGUCAGAGUGCUGAAGCAGAGAACUGAAGGCGCUUCUCAACGUCUAAGGAACUGCAUUUUCGUUUCACAUCUUGGUGACAGGAUGGCUGAACCUGCUGAAUUGCUGCUCAUCAAGGACCAGUAUGAGAGUGCGUUUACCUCACUGAGUCGUGGAUUGGUGGCUGAGGAGGCAGACAAUAGAGCAGAGGCCCUGGUGUAUUACAGGAAAGGCCAAGAGCACCUCACUCAGGGAGUGGAUGUUCCCACCGGAGGGGAGAGGCAGCAGGGAGCGGUGUGGGACACGGCUCGGCAGCUCCAGCAGAGGAUGAGGGACACUCUGAAGACUGUCAACGCCCACCUCUCUGCCCUGGAAAACUCUCAGCUGACAACAGGAGCCCAGAGGGGCUUACUGUUGAAGGAUCUUCCUCGUAAUCUUUAUCCAGACUUGGCACCCAACAGUCAGCCUCCCAAUAGCUCUACCCACCAUCUGUACCCCACCAUACCUGCCACCACUCAGAACACAACCCCCCCUACACCCCCUCCCAGGCCUCCCUCCCCUGCUGUUAGGCACACACACUCAGUCCCUGCAGCGGCUCCAGGAACGACAGCCAUGGAUAACGCAGGGGACCAGCCUCCGGUGUACACACCACAGCCCACAAAUGGGCACCGCAGCCUGGCUUAUGGUCCUAAUGGAGGCGGUCUUGGUUCAGGAAAGCAGACCGGCGCGGCAGUUGGAGACGAUGGACAAGAGCUGCUUUCCAUCCCUACAGGUGUGCAGCUGUUUUUUGUUGCACCAAAUGGACAGGUCAGCUCGCUGUCUUCCCCAGGCUACCUUCGCAUCAUCGCAUUCGACAACCAGCAAGGGAAUUCCACUGAUGGGAGAUCCUCAGCAUUUUUACAUGUGUGUGACUGCCUGUACCCGCUGACAGCCGACACUCCAGUGCUACUGGCCAACUCUGGGAUCUUCAUGUUCCCUGACACCUUGGCAGAGACCCCAGGGUCCUUUGUGGGUCUGGUGUUGUCCUCUGAACUGCCUGCUGCUGACCGAGAGAUGUUUCAAGACGUCCUAUCGCAGCUUACUGAACUCAGGAUCCAGGGUCCAGAGGGGACAGGGUCAGAAGUCAUCAACUUGAGUACCAAAGUCCCAUUGGGUCCCCUUGAGGAGAAAAUAGGACUGACAGUACCAACAGGGGAGAAGGACAAACCGCUACUUCCUGGUUGGAGUGAGAAGGUGGCCCAAGGAAUUGCGUCAGGAUCUACAUGGUUGAGUCAGUCAUUUGCAAAAGGAGCAGAGGCCACUGGCAAGGCCAUCCAGAAAGGAGCAGCUAAGAUUCGGGACCACAUCACGCCUGAGGACACUCCUUCAGAGGUCAGCCCCCAGGUCAGCAAAGGUCUGCAGGUGGCUAAACAGGCCACUGGGGGCGCUGUUCGAGUCAGCAAGUUCUUGGUGAAUGGAGUGAGUACAGUGGCAGGACAUGUGGCAGAAAAGGUGGUGCCCCAUGUGAAGAAACAUGGUGCUAAGCUGGUCCCGGAGUCUUUGAAGAAACACGAAGAUGGCCGAGCGUCCAACUUGGAUGGAGCCAAGUAUGUAGCAGCCAGUGGUGUACACGGUUUCAGUACUGUUUGGUCAAGUCUGGAGACAGGAGCAAAGCUUGUUUGCAAAAGUGUUGCCACAGAGACUGUCACCACAGUGAAGUACAAGUACGGCGACGAUGCAGGCCAAGCCACAGACACUGCUCUCAAGUCAGUCGGAAAUGUUGGCUUGACUGCAUUCAACAUUGACAAUCUGGGCCUCAAAGCCAUCUUGAAGACUUUUGGCAAGACGACAGCCAAGGCCAUGGUCAAAAAACCAAAUGGACAGUCGGCAGAAGCAGAGGGCACAGAGGAGCAGAAACAAGAGCAUCAAGCAAAAACAGAGCAAAUGGAUGUGCAGAAACAAGAGCUUCAGGCAGAGACGGACAAGAAGGAUGUGCAGAAAAAAGAAGAGGAAGAGAAGAAAAAAUAGAUCUCCAUAGGAUGCUGAAUCUUGUCUUUGUUCUCUGUUAGUUUGGUGGCUCACCUCCUAAUUUAUACAAUGAAAUAGGCCACCCGUUUAUGAAGUAGCUAUUUUGUUGUAUUAAUUAUGGAUGUGAAAGUGUUUGAAUGAACCUCAGGCAUCGUGCAAUAUUCCAUCACAAGGUAAUAACCAAGGGAUUUUAUAGCUCUUAAGGUCAAGGAUACCUUUAUAUUCUAAUUUACGUUUGGAUUGUAUAAACUUUAAUACAAAAGGUUUUUUGUUUUGGUUCUGUUGGCUUGUCAUUAUGUAUUUGUAUAUGACAAAACAUUCUAGCGACAAGUAAAGUUCUAACUACAACUACAGACAGGUGACAAAGGAAAAAUCAAUGUGACAUAAGGUGUUGUGCUGCUAGAAGAACUUUGCUGUGCCUUGAUGUUGAUUCUAGAGGUAUCUGGAGCUCUACUGGAGGCACGAACACUAUUCUUUCAAAAUUUCCUUAUUUGUUGUUUUGAUAAUGGUGGUGGAGAGCCAACAGAAUCACCCAUAGGUGCCCUAUUAGGUUGAGAUCUGGUCUUUGUGAACACCAUCACAUCAUUUCCAUACUCUUAAACCAUUCAGUAACAUCUUGAACCCUAUGAAUGGGGCCAUUGUUAUGCUGGAGGAGACCACUCUCAUCAAUAUCAAAAUGUUCCCACAUAGAAAAAAGGUGAUUACUCUCAGCACUUGUGUUUCUCGCCCACAGAAAACUUACUGAAGGCCCACAGAUGGAGAAAAAGUAGGGAACCGAAUGGGAUAAAAGCUAUUUCCAUUAUGGCUUAACUGCAAAUGACGGUAACACUUUAUAACUAUCUGUUAUAACUAGUUAAUAGAUCAUUUGU